CUUCCUCUGCUCGGUCGCUGGCCACGCUCCUGCGCGAGACGCUCGAGGGGCUGGACCGCGACCUGCUGGCCGGGCAGCACGCCUUCGGGGGCUGCGAGGCCGUGGUCGCCGUGCUCGUGGGCGAGAGCCUCGUGGUCGCGGCCGCCGGCCAGGCGACGGCGACGCUGCUGUUCGACGACGCCGACGCCAUACCGCUGCUGGCCAGGCCCGACGGCGAGCCCGCGCCGUCCGUCGCGCAGCUGCGCCGCGGCCAGGCAUCCGAGCUCGGGGCGCUGCUGGGGCGCGACGGCCUCCUGAGGACCGAGAGCUGUCUCGGUGUGGAACGCCACGGCGGCGGUCACCGACGACGCCAGCGCCGCGUCGACGGCUGA